CCAGCCACCGCUAGUAACUCAGAAGCAGCAACAUUCCGUUCCAUUUCCAGCGGCGUUUCGAGAUGACCGUACAGUUCUCCGAUUAGGGUUCAUUUGUCUGUUUUGCAUUUGAAGGGGAAAAAACUGAUUGAGAAGCUGAAUUGAUCAGAGAUAUGUUUGGAUUGAAGCGAUUAGUGCCUCAUGCUUGCUCGAUUCGAGCUUCUUUAACAAUGCAGCUCUCUGUUUACGAGGAAAAAUUCCUUGUUUUUCCUUCGCAGCAUUUAGCUCAGCUGACUUCCAAUCGAUUCCUCGACAUUUAUCAGCUUGGAAAUAAAACAGCCAUUGAGAAAGAGCGCGCUCGGCUUGCAGAUGAAAUUAAUAGAGGAUACUUUGCCGAUAUGUCAGAGCUAAAGAAACAUGGGGGAAAGAUUGCAGCUGCUAACAAGAUUCUAAUCCCGGCUAUGGCUGCUGUAAAAUUUCCGGAGUUUGAAGUGAGUUAUUCUGAUGGUAAAACGUUGAAGCUACCGAUUAAAUCUGAUGUGAAUGUGGUUGAAGGCAAUAGUUCGCCAUCGGGCUUGCCAAUAGCCACAUUACUUUGUCUAUCUUUCAGAGCUAACUCCCAGGCCAUGAUUGAUUCUUGGAGUGCUUCUUUUCUCAAUGCCUUUUCUAGUUCAAACAAUGUCCAGUUGUAUGAGGUUUCAUUUAUAGAUUCAUGGUUCUUAUGUCGAAGUCCAAUUAAGAAACUUCUUCUUCGGCUAAUGAGGAAAUCUAGUGGCAAUGCACAAAAUGAUUCACUUCAGAGGCAGAUUGUAUACUCAUUUGGCGACCAUUAUUACUUCAGAAAGGAGCUAAAAAUACUAAAUCUUCUCACUGGGUAUAUAUUCCUGGUAGAUAAACUUGGUAGAAUAAGAUGGCAAGGCUCUGGAUUGGCAACUGAAGAAGAGGUGUCAUCUCUUCUUUCAUGUGCAUCACUUCUUUUGGAAGAGAAAUGAGCAGUUAUCCUCCAUAAAAUGAUUCGCCUCCAGAAGUUCUGUUCUACGACGAUGCAGGAAAAGUUACCAAAAUAAUAGUAUCUAUGAAUAAAGAUGAGUUUGAAAUGCUGUGAAUUUAAACCAAGAUUUUGUGCGAGCUUAGUCUCUUGAAAGUAAACAAUAUCAGUGGACAAGAUGACUGUUUUGUUUUGUUUUUUUUUUUAAUUCUCCCCAACAAUUGUGGCUAGCUAGUGGUUGAAUUAUCAAUUUUUGUAAUGGUAGUUAGAUGUCUUAUUUGAGGUCUUUUUUAUUACAUAAAUGUAUUUGGAUGUAGAUUAUUAUGGUUUAGAUUAUAAUAGUUUGUGUUUGUAGUUUA